AUGAAGUACUCACCAUCCGGACGACGUUUCUCUCUUCCUGCUUUCGAUAUCUUCGGCCAGCCAAUGUUUGAACCAUAUCUUUACUACGGUCAAUAUCAUCCAUAUCCUCCUCCACCUCAUCAGCAUCAUCUACACCAACAUCAACAUCAGCACCUACUUCCAUACUCACACCCCCACCACGGCUACCAGCAUCCACCAGAGCAGUAUCCCUACUUCAAUAUUCCAGAAACUCUCCCAGAAGAAUACUUAAUCCCCAGCAGCCCCGACACAAACCCCUUCUCAAGCACUCCCACAAACCACUACAACAGAUCUAGGGAAACGAUCAGUCCAGACCGUAUUAGCAGCAGCAGCAGUGGUGGUAGUUGUGGCGACUACACAAGCUCUUUUAUCUCUUCCUCCCCCUCAUCUUCUUCAUUAUCACACCCUUCGUCUUCAUCUCUAUCAUCGUCAGGAGCUUCUCCAAACUCCUUUCCUUUUGCUGUAUCGAUCCCUUCGCUCGACGUUUCAAGAACUGAGACACCGGGACAGUGUCAUUACGGAUUUGAAACUGUAGACAGUAUGGUCGUGCGAACUAUUCCACAUCCUGAUACUGUUCAGCAGCAGCAGCAAUAUCGGGAGAAGUAUGAUGGACCGUCAUCGCAGAUGAGGCGAAAGCAAUCUGUUCCGAAGGUUGCGAAUAAACAGCAACAUCAAGGGGGGCCUGGAAGGGCAUUGAUCGUGAACGGGAGUACUAACGAUCCAAUCCCUCCCAAGACGACGCAAACACAAGCAAACAUAGCGACGGUGGCCCUCGAACGUAGUAACAAAGAAAAGGGCGGCCAAACCGUCAAGACCCAGGAAACCUUGCCUCAAAAGCUUAAUAAAGGACAACAAGCGACGACAUCCAUUCCUGCACAGUCUCCUGUUGAACAAACAAAGCCUGCUGUUCAAGAAAAGACCAUUACUAAGGAACUCGCAUUCUCAAAUUCGGCUGAUGAGGGGGAAAGUGCUUACGUGCAUAUAACCUUGAAUCAUCUCCCUCAUAGCAACAAACUAAACAUGGUCCGCCUUCGUGCGAAUUAUACUGCCACGGCUAAUAAACCCAAGCUCAUCGAGGAGGCCAAGUCGAUCUUCACCGCGGCCCUCCAAUCCAACGAGGCCACCAAGGGAGUAGAGCUCGGCUCAUGGUUCUCCUGGACCGAGCGAGGUGUAAAUAUAAACUUCAAAACCAACACCCACCGUUGGAUCGCAACCGAAAAUCUUGACUGGCUCCUCAAUAUUGGCGAAGGCAUCCGUCUCAACGAAAAAUGGGGCGGUAUCGUCGUCCGUGAUAUCUGGAAUCCGUAUAUCCUUGAAAAUACAGUUCCAGACGACGUUAACCUUAAGCGUAAGCUCGAACAACUAAACAUUAUGAGCUACGGUGCCAACGAGGAUGGUGAGUCCGUUCAGGAACCAUACAGGAUUCGUAAGAUUAGGUGGUUCGGGCCGUCGACUUUGGCGAUUUGGUUCCACGACACUAAUAUCGCGGAGUACUUCGCCCAGAAAGGGGUUUGGUUCAUGGAAGGUUUCGUCGGUAUUGGGAAGAACAAAAAGGUUGCAGUCUGUGGACUACCAACGGUACACCGACUCAUCGAACAGAAUAGGAACCGUAUAGUCCCUCAACAUAUCAGAAGAAAUGGUUUCGUUCACCCCACGGCCCACAAAGAAGGGCCUGGGGGGCAACAGGGGGCAAUAAUAGCGAGGCAAAAGAGAGUAAGCUGGGUUGCCAGCAGAAGUAUUGAGGAGAAUUCGGUAUUCCAGUAA